AUGGCAGCCAACGCGCAUAUCCUUCCUGAGCAGCUGAUAUACCUGAUAAUCCGCUUCACGGCCUCGGUGCCAGAUCUGCCCCUCACCAUCCACACGCCCCGCAUCAUCGCGACGCUCUCGCUCAAGCAGAUUAUCCGCCAGCACCUCCCGCCCGAGCAUGUCUCGUCGCGACUCCGCCUCAUCUACGCCGGCAAGGUCCUCGCAGACAAUGAACCGCUUUCCCGAUCGCUAAGACUACCGUUGCCAUCCCCAUUCCGCACCAGCAAGAGCAGCGAUGCCGCUGCAGGAGGCAGCAGCAUCAACGGCGAGGCAAGCAAGAGCAAAGGCAAGCAGCCGCUGCGAGAGACACCGACGGUCGAAUACGGCACAACAGGCAUCUCGGCGGAAGCGAAAAAGUACUACAUACACUGUUCGCUCGGCGACGCGCUAUCUGCAUCGGAGCUGGCGAGCGAAGCCACGCUCGCACAGAACAUCGAGAUAAGCCUGAAAUCGCAGCUCGACGGCUCGGCCGCCUCUGCGCACCGCGCCAAGGGCGCCAGCGCAGCAGAAGACUAUGCGCACCGCCCGAGGAGCUCGACGGCAACGUCCGGCGCAACUGUAGGAACAGACGCAGUGCCCCAGGCACAGGGCUUCGACCGCCUGCUGAGUUCGGGCUUUACCCCCGCAGAGGUGGCCAGCUUGCGCUCGCAUUUUACCACUAAUCUGUCGUUUACACAUACCCCGGAUACCAUGCCUACGCCGGCCCAGGUCCGCGUGCUGGAGGACCGCUGGCUCGACUCGUCGGCAAAUGAUCCUUCUGCUUCGCUCGCGGCGCCCGGUGCGAAUGGGGGCGAGACGGGCUGGGGCGCGGGCUUUGCCGUCGAGGAGGGCGGCCUCGACGACAUGCUGUAUGGCUAUCUAACGGGCUUCUUUUUCCCGCUCGGAAGCCUGGUCUGGGGCUUUAGAGAGGAGGGCGUGUGGACUCGACGCCGGCAGGUGGCGGUUGUUAUGGGCGUCUUGAUCAAUGCGGUUUUUGGCUUCAUGAGGUGGGGUGCUUGA